CGGAGCGGACGGUUCACGCUGGAAGCCUGAAAAUGAGCGCACGGCAGAGCGCAGAUCUGCUCAUUGUUCCCCGACCGACUGAGCUGGCAGGGCUGCACUGCUUUCCACCUCCACUUUAGGCCGAUAUUAGCAGGCUGUUUCUGUUCUCAGUCAGCGGAGUUUGCUCACAAAGUGCGCAGAUGGUUCCAUCUCGGUAGCUGACGUUGGCGCCGCACAGCUGCUGGCUGCACCAUUCAAGGGGACGGGCGCCUUCAAUACCUGAGAUUCAUCACCAUGAAUCUGUUUCGCCUGCUGUGCCGCCACAAGACAGCUCUGGUUAUUGGGACUGUGUGCAGUUUUGCUGUGGUGCUCGUCUUCUUGGCCAAAUGCACGUCAGAGACUCUGAAACAGGGCCACGCGGAUCCUCCGGGAUUGGCCCCCCACGCCGGUGCCCUGCAGUUCCGUCCAGAGCAGCAUAGUCCCCCAUCCACGUCCAAAGACCUGGCCGCGUUCCUCGUGGUCCUCAUCACAACGGGACCCAAGUACACAGAGCGCAGGAGUAUUAUCCGCAGCACCUGGCUCGCUAAGCGGGACUCGGAUGUUCUGGCCAUGUUUGUGGUUGGAACUCAAGGCCUUUUAAGCGAAGACCUCCAGAAUCUGAACACGGAGCAAGGGCGCCACAAGGACCUGCUCCUUCUGCCUGAUCUGCGAGAUUCUUAUGAGAACUUAACACUAAAGCUGCUGCACAUGUACUCCUGGCUGGACCAGAAUGUCAACUAUAAGUUUGUCUUCAAAGCGGAUGAUGACACGUUUGCCCGAUUGGACCUCCUUAAAGAGGAACUGAAGGCCAGAGAGCCCAGCAGGUUGUACUGGGGCUUUUUCUCUGGGAGAGGCCGUGUAAAAAUGGCCGGUAAGUGGCGAGAAAGCUCUUGGGAACUCUGCGAUUAUUACCUUCCCUACGCACUUGGCGGUGGCUACAUCCUCUCAGCGGACCUCGUACGCUACGUGCAUCUCAACGCGGGCUACUUCAAAACGUGGCAGAGCGAGGACGUGUCACUGGGCGCCUGGCUGGCACCGGUAGAUGUCCGGCGGACGCACGAUCCACGCUUUGACACAGAGUACAAAUCGCGUGGCUGCAACAACAAAUACUUGGUGACGCAUAAGCAGAGCUUGGAAGACAUGCUGGAAAAACACCAAACUCUGCAGCGCGAUGGCAGGCUCUGCAAAGAGGAGGUCAAGCUGAGGUUGUCGUACGUGUAUGACUGGAGCGUGCCGCCGUCUCAGUGCUGCCAAAGAAAGGAUGGGAUUCCAUAACUCCCCAAGGCUUACAUUUGCUUUAAUUUAUUUCUAUCCAGUCAGGAAUGUUCAUCUUUUUCCAGCACACCUCUUGUUAGACUAUUUCAUAUUUCAUAGCAGAUACGAGCUAUCGUCGCCAAAUACAUGAUGUAGUUACACUACUCGUUUUAGAAUUUUAAAACUGUUGUUUCUGCUUUUGAAAAUAGAAAUCUGAGCAAUUUCACAUUUCAAGUUUUUUUUGUUUCUCCAGUUAAAGCAGCAUAGCUCAAAAAUCAAUAUCAAUUUUUACCUUAUAGCUGCUAAUUUUAAAGCGACUUCAGAUCCUUUUCGAUAAUGUCAUUUCAGUGCGAUAAGUUGUAAUAGUAAUUGUCAGUUUGAUGUCGUCUACAAUGUUUUGCACGAAGGAAAAACCCAUGAAAUGUCCUUUUCUGUUUUUUUUUCUAAAAGACACAUUUCCAUAAAUCUGAAUGUGGGCUUGAAAUCGUAACCUCAUGUAGGUUCAACGAGCCUCAGUUCAGUUUUUAGCGUUCAUGUCCUCCCCCGUCUGAUUGUGGGGGGGAGGUCUCAUCCUGCCUAUCUACAUGUUUUGUGAAAGCAGUUUCUUCAAUUUAAUUUUGUAUAUUUUAUUUAUUGUUAACUUAUUCUCAACCGAACACAACACUGACAUUGGGUGCGGACAGAAGUAGAGUUUUUAUUUCUAACAAAUGACUAGCAGAGUUUAUGGAAAAGAAAUGUUUGCUUUGUAAAUAUGAUGCGUUUGUUUACUGGUAACCGUACAUAAUGAUCUGAAGGCACAAAGAUUUUGUCAGAUAAAUGGUUGAACUCCUUUUGUUCAACAAGCCUUCGUAUUCUCGUGCUGGAGCUAAUGUGAUGAGUCUGCGAUGGUAUUUCCAAUAUAACCGUUGCACUUAACAGUUGGGUUCGGUAGAUUUAAUGGGCAAAUAGAUCAAAUUGCUUGUUUUUUCGGCAGCACAAAGUGAAAAACCUGCUUUGAAAGGUUAUGUUCUCUGUGUUGUGAAGUUCUCCAGCCUAAAUCUCCCUGUAACGUCAGUAACGUCUCCAAACAUGUGACAGCUGCGUUAUCAGUGUUGAUUGCAGAGUUGCAGGCAGAUUCUGAUUCAUUGCAAAAUAGGUUUCUGUGAUCGUUUUCAUAUCGGAUCAGGCCCUGGAUGUUUCAUUAAAAAAAAAAUGGUUCUGUUCAUGUAUCUGUUAAACCUUUGUUAGUUGUUUGAAAAUAUAUUUCAUUGCCAAACAGAUAAACAUGCUGUGAAGAUCUAAUUCAUGGUUGACGGAUGACCUAGUAAAGACUGUUCUUCCUUUAUGACGUGACUUUUUCUCCCUCCAGUGAUUUUAUUCAUGGCUGUGUUGACGCAGAAGUCCAAUCGUCAAUUCCAACUCCUUGCAUCCUCUCUUAUACCUUGUAUCCCCCGCUUCAGAAAAGCCUCACAAAUAUGACAUCGUUAUGAAAACUAUUGACAAAUGCCGAACCAUAUCUGGUUUCACAGUGCCGUUGCAUUUGCUUGAGAAUCUGACGCAAAAUGUUUUCAGUAAUGAAUGAGAUGUCAAACCAGAAUUGUAUCAGAAUCAGGCUUGAAUCAGUUGUUCAGGUUUGAAGGCUACUGUGACAUCACAGACACGGAUCAUAGCAGGAGCGUCCAGCUUCUGGACUUGAAGCUGCACCUCUGACGUCAUGUUAUGCUGCGUUUGAUGAACCUCAGAG